GGAGGGCGCCGCGGCAGCCGAAGCGCGAUCGAUGCCGGGAGCGCGGAGGAGGAGGCGGCGGCGCUGCUGAGAGGGGGGGCGGCCCCGCCCGGAGAUGGGGAUUCUCAGCAUCACGGACCAGCCUCCUCUGGUCCAAGCCAUUUUUAACCGUGAUAUAGAGGAGGUGCGGUCAUUACUGAGUCAGAAGGAGAAUAUCAAUGUAUUGGACCAAGAGAGACGAACCCCUUUGCAUGCAGCUGCAUACUUAGGGGACACCCCCAUUGUUGAACUCCUAAUACUAUCAGGUGCUAACGUCAAUGCAAAGGACACUCUUUGGCUAACCCCGUUACACCGUGCUGCAGCUUCUCGUAAUGAGAAGGCACUUAACCUCCUCCUAAAGCACUCAGCAGACAUCAAUGCUCGUGACAAGUAUUGGCAAACACCACUGCAUGUUGCUGCUGCCAACAGAGCUACCAAGUGUGCUGAGGCGAUCAUCCCGCUGCUUAGUAAUGUUAAUGUGGCAGACCGCACUGGCCGCACAGCACUGCACCAUGCCGUACACAGUGGGCACAUUGAGAUGGUAAACUUGCUCUUAAACAGAGGGGCCAAUCUGAGCACAUGUGACAAGAAAGAGAGACAGCCAAUACAUUGGGCAGCCUUCCUGGGGCAUUUGGAAGUUUUGAAGCUGCUGGUGGCCCGUGGAGCUGACAUCACAUGCAAAGACAAAAAGGGUUACACACUGCUGCAUACAGCAGCUGCCAGUGGACAGAUUGAAGUUGUGAAACAUCUGCUGAGGCUUGGAGUUGAGAUCGAUGAACCAAAUUCCUUUGGCAACACUGCACUUCACAUUGCCUGUUACAUGGGCCAGGAUGCUGUGGCCAAUGAACUGGUCAACUAUGGGGCCAAUGUAAAUCAGCCCAAUGAAAAAGGCUUUACCCCCCUGCACUUUGCUGCCGUCUCCACCAACGGAGCCCUGUGCCUGGAACUUCUUGUCAAUAAUGGAGCUGAUGUGAACUUUCAGAGCAAAGAAGGGAAGAGCCCUUUGCACAUGGCUGCCAUUCAUGGACGGUUUACACGCUCUCAGAUUCUCAUACAAAAUGGCAGUGAGAUUGACUGCGCUGACAAAUAUGGCAAUACCCCCCUCCAUGUUGCUGCUAGAUAUGGCCACGAGCUGCUAAUUAGUACUUUGAUGACGAAUGGUGCUGACACUGCAAGGCGUGGGAUCCAUGACAUGUUCCCCCUGCACUUAGCUGUUCUCUUUGGAUUCUCAGACUGUUGUCGUAAGCUACUUUCCUCAGGUCAGUUGUACAGCAUUGUCUCCUCACUCAGCAAUGAGCAUGUGCUGUCUGCAGGCUUUGAUAUCAAUACGCCAGAUAACCUCGGGAGGACCUGCCUCCAUGCUGCUGCUUCUGGAGGGAAUGUUGAAUGUCUUAACUUGCUGUUGAGCAGCGGAGCUGAUUUGAGGAGGAGAGAUAAGUUUGGAAGGACUCCUUUGCACUACGCAGCCGCGAAUGGCAGCUAUCAGUGUACGGUGACACUAGUCACUGCCGGAGCCAGUAUUAAUGAAGCUGACUGUAAAGGCUGCACCCCCUUACAUUAUGCUGCUGCUUCAGACACUUACAGGAGAGCUGAGACUCAUUCAGGAAACAGCCAUGACACUGAUGAAGAGCCACUGAAAGAGUCACGACUGAAGGAGGCCAUCUUUUGUUUAGAGUUCUUACUGGAUAAUGGUGCUGACCCCUCUCUCCGAGACAAGCAGGGAUACACCGCUGUCCAUUACGCAGCUGCCUAUGGCAACCGACAGAACCUUGAGUUGCUCCUGGAAAUGUCGUUUAACUGCCUGGACGAUGUGGAAAGCACCAUUCCAGUCAGCCCUUUGCACUUAGCUGCCUAUAAUGGUCACUGUGAAGCCCUGAAGACACUUGCCGAAACCCUGGUGAACCUGGAUGUACGGGACCACAAAGGGCGGACGGCUUUGUAUCUUGCCACGGAGAGGGGCUCUACAGAAUGUGUGGAGGUACUCACCAGCCAUGGUGCUUCUGCUCUUGUGAAGGAGAAAAAGAAGAAAUGGACACCCCUCCAUGCUGCUGCUGCCUAUGGGAACACAGAUUCCCUACAUCUUCUCAUUGACAGUGGGGAGAGAGUCGACAUCACUGAUGUCAUGGACAUCCAUGGACAGACCCCACUGAUGUUGGCAAUCAUGAAUGGCCAUGUAGAUUGUGUCCACCUCUUACUAGAGAAGGGAUCCACAGUGGAUGCAGCAGACAGAAGAGGCAGGACUGCACUGCACCGGGGGGCUGUUACUGGCUGUGAAGACUGCCUUGCAGCACUGCUGGACCAUGAUGCCUUUGUAUUGUGUCGGGAUUUCAAGGGCCGGACCCCGAUCCAUUUUGCCUCGGUGUGUGGGCAUUCUGAAAUCCUGAGGACCUUGCUGCAGGCAGCGCUCUCUACUGACCCUCUGGACUCCGUAGUGGACUAUAGUGGCUACUCACCAAUGCACUGGGCUUCUUACAGUGGGCAUGAAGAUUGUCUUGAAUUGUUACUUGAACACAAUCCAUUUGCAUACCUAGAAGGAAACCCCUUUACUCCAUUGCACUGUGCAGUAAUUAACAACCAGGAUGGCACUGCUGAGAUGCUUGUUGAAGCAUUGGGUGCCAAGAUUGUUAAUAGCAGAGAUGCCAAAGGAAGGACCCCCCUUCACGCUGCUGCCUUUGCAGACAACAUCCAUGGUUUACAAUUGCUUUUGCAACACCAGGCUGAGGUAGAUGGAACUGACCAACUGGGGCGGACCCCUCUUAUGAUGGCUGCUGAAAAUGGCCAGACAGCAGCAGUUGAGUUCCUGCUGUACAGAGCAAAAGCAGAUUUAACUGUGCUGGAUGUCAACAAGAACACAGCUCUUCACCUGGCCUGCAGUAAGGGUCAUGAAAAGUGUGCCUUGUUGAUUCUGGGGGAAACCCAAGACCUUGGCCUUAUCAAUGCAACAAACAGUGCUCUACAGAUGCCACUCCAUAUUGCAGCUCGAAAUGGACUGGCCUCUGUUGUCCAAGCUCUGCUGAGCAGAGGUGCCACUGUGCUUGCUGUGGAUGAAGAAGGCCAUACCCCAGCCUUGGCUUGUGCCCCCAACAAAGACGUUGCUGACUGCCUGGCACUUAUCCUUUCCACCAUGAAGCCUUUUCCACCUAAAGACGCCAUCAGCCCUUUCAGCUUCAACCUCCUCAAGAACUGCGGCAUUGCUGCCAAGACAGCCGCCUGCAGCGCCCUGCCCAACGGGAACAGCUGCCCCUACACCAAGGAUAGGCACAAUGCCAUCGGCUUAGAUGGCUGUUAUUCAGAAUAGCUUAAAAACGAUGAUGGGUGAUCUAGUAUCUCUUCUAUUUAUUUAGGAAUUCUAUCAAUAUAGGACACUUUAAAGGAGAACAAGACUGGGAAUGGGCCUUCCAAAAGGUCCUAGGAACCAAAAGAAAAGAAAAAACUAGAGAAAGAGAUCUCAGCUUCUGCAUCCUACCUAGAUUCUUGCUUUGACCACUAGCAUUUCUUUUGCUAUCAAAAUUAACAAAAAGCAGUGUGGGUUCUCAAACAGAUUCAUCAUUUUAAAAUAUUCUGUUUAAAAUUACCCUAUGAAACUUUAAAUAUCUGCUUGCAUUCUUCCUUCCCCUGCUGUUUGCCAAAGGGUAUUGCCCGGUGCUUCUGAGUUCAAUGUUUUAAGCAACCCAUCCUUCUAAGUCCAAUUUCUCAAGGCUUGAUGCUUUUGAGUGAAGAGCCAAUUAAAUUCAUUUCAUGCAAGGGGUUGCAGCAUCAGCUGAAGGACCUGAAUUUUAUCAUCUUACAAACUGUGAGUCUCCCACACUUCCCAUCUAUCAGGCAAUCUUAUCAUUUGUGAUCACUUUUUCUGUGCCCUCUGAAUAAAAAUACUUCUGUGGGAUCCUGCGGUCUAGGCAGGGAGCAGAAGCCUGAAUUGCUGCUGCUUUUUGUUUUGCAUUGAAAGGAGGGCAGGGAGAGUGGUAAGUGAGGGACUGCCUAGAAGGGCAGCAGUCCUGGCAAAGUUCCACUAUCACUGCUUCUUCCUGUAUGGCAAUUUGUUUUUGUUUGUUGUGCUCGCCCUUUUUGAUUCCAGUGAAAACACUUGAACUGAGAACUACUGUACCUGGACACUCUGAUACUUUAGGCAGCUCAUAUUCCAUUAUAUGCAACAUGGAUGCUAUUGCCCAACGAACACGGUCCUCUUUAAGAACUUGUGUAUGCGCUGCCAGAAUUAUCCCAACCACAUCAGGCACUUUAGGGAUCUUCUGUUUUUGGAGGGUGAUUUUUGUUGGGAGAGGGAAGGAUGUCGGGAUUGCGAAAUGUUGGAUCCCCAAAGAGAAUUUCCUUUGCGGUUCCCCCCGCCCUCCCAUCUCUGUGAUGUGCAGUGUUUCCCAUUAGACAAGUCAGUGUUGCCUAAAAAAGUUAUUUAUAAAGAAGCAAGCAUUUAUCUUUUAAAAAAUAGCAAAAAGAAAAAAGCUUUCUGCAAGGAGAACAAUGCACUUCAGAAUCUUACAAUCCUACAUUUGUAUUUAUAAUUUUUCCAACUAGAAUGACAUCCAGCAGGUUUCAUUAGGGCACGUGUUUGUGUGUCUGUCCAUGGGUGGGGCUAGUAUGAAUGUGUAGUUUUAUUUUAAAAUUCCUAUUUAUUAUGCAUUUGAGUGUAUGCACUGUUUUUCUUUUUGUACUGUAAACUGUAUCAUGUGUAGAAGCUAACAAAAAAAUUACCAUAUCACAAAAUAUGUUCAAAGCCAAAGAUUGGGAUGUAGCAAUCAGAUGAAGGCCGCUGGGGCAAAUCUUUAUAAUCUAAUAAUCUUUUCCAUCUGUUUCCCAGUCCUGCAGUACUGUGCUAGUCUUGGGGCUGUGUUUGGCAGAACACGUGCAUUUUAAGAAUGAAUUAUUCCAAGGCAUUGUCUGUUUGGACCAGUGAGCUUUAAGGCUAGUAACCCUGGGAAACAACUGGUUUUUAUAUUCCCCAGGUCAUCUUCUUACAGAAACUAUUUGAUUGUUAAGGAGAAUAUAUGAGCCAGCUGUACACUUGAACCCUUCUGCAUCAUGGUGCAUUUUACACUUUGACAAUGUACAGGAAUGUAAACCCAGAAUUUAAAUGGAAAGGCAAACUUUACCUCCCCUGCCCUGGCCUUUUAUACUGGCUUUAUGAUGCAGAGUGGACACCAAUGCAAUUGCUAGAGCCUUAUUUAUUUGCAUUGUCUGGUUUUCCAAAAAACAGAAGAAUCAGGAAACAGCCAAUUUAGGGAGUGUGGCUGAUGGCUAGAUCCUUUAAAAAGGAGAGUUGAAUCCAGAAGUGAGAAAGGAUGAUGUAAUAAUAAUAAUAAUAAUAAUAAUACUGCAGACAGGAAACAGUCCCUUCCUUUUGGCACUGUUUGAAUUACCAAAGCCAAAUUCCUACAGACAAAUGAUACAGCCACCAUCUUGCCCUUUGCCAAACAGUGCAUUUUUAAAAAGGAUAUUAUCACUUGAUUUUUCUUCUCCUUUUGUUGAGCCUUCCCCCAUCCCCCUAUGGGCUUUGUCUUUCCCAGAGACCAUUGCAUGUCAUUUGGGAUCAGUUCUUCUAAGUGCUUGCUGAAUAUUUUGUUGGUUUCCUGCAUAUGGAUAGGUUGCAAAAAUUGGGGGCCUUAAAGGUAGCAAAUUCUAGUCUUCAAACAAACCUAACAGUGUCCUUUGACUAAGCCUUCUGCAGAGACUAGGAUGCUACUAGCUUAGCUGUUCAUUUCUUUGCUGCCCAAGGAAUCUUAAGGAAUCUUUUCAUUUUGCAGCUGCCGGAUAACGAGCGUAUUAAAAGUUUCAAUGCACUUGCCAAAAAAGCACAGCGACAGCCUGUUGCAAGUUGGCCAUUAAUGUUUUCACUGCACUAUGGUUGGGUUAGUUUUCUCUGCCCUCAGUUACUCCACAUUCUCUACCUUGAAAGAAAGUGUUAACCUUUCUACACCAAAUACCUCACUGCUGGAAUAGAAAUGAACAAAACUUGAAUUAAAGAUUCCUCUUCCCUGUCCCCCACUUUUUAAUGCAGAAAGGUCCUUUUCAGCAUUCUGUAGAGGGAGAGCUGAAAACAAAAAAAAAACCACUUGUUUACAUUUUUUUUAGGUACUAGCAACUUACAACUUCUUUCAAAUUGCCUAAUUUUAUCUUAGCCUUCUAAGCGCAUUCCUUUUGCCCUGCCAUAGGAGGGUAAAGAGGACAUGAGUUGGGAGGCCAAAGUAAGUCUGAAGCUACCCUUGGUCGUUGUUUGAUUUCUUUUAAAGGGCUAAAUGAAUCCUCUAAAGGCUAGAAGCUUGACUGAGACAUUUAUAGGAAAAUAGGUGGGGAGAGAUCCACUGCUCCUUGUAGUGCUGGGAACUAGCCAGCCUUCAAGUAUUCUAUCUCUUCCCAUGGAUGCUAUUGUUUGAACUGUAUUCACCCAAGCCAUGUCUUUAUGGCCUGGAGGAAUGUGGACUCUUGCUGAGAAAUCCCAGCACAGAUUGUUCUUAUCCCAGAAUUGAAACUCAAGAUUUUUUUUUCCUUUUACUCCUGUGUAUUGAAUUGGAGCAGGUUCU